UGUCCUUCCGCUAUUGAUUCAUUUCAAGAAAUCAUAACCAACUGCCAGGGCAAGACGAUAGCCCUCUUCUUGGACUAUGACGGGACCCUAUCGCCCAAAGUAAAUAAUCCUGAGGAGGCAUACAUGUCCAGCGAGAUGCGUGAUGCUGUUCAAGAAAUUGCCUCCUUGUGCGCCACUUCAGUUGUCAGUGGAAGGGCCCGCGAUAAGGUAAAAAAUUUCAUCAUGCUUGAAAAUCUGCAUUACGCAGGGAGCCACGGAUCAGAUAUCAAACUCAGUGACGAAACAGAAGCCUACGAACCUGCCAGCGAGUAUCAACCUGUUAUAAAUCAGGCGAGAGAGCGUAUGGAGGAGGUUAUCAGAAAGAUAAAGGGUGCAUCGGUUGAAAACAAUAGAUUCAUCUUUUCGGUGCACUACAGGGAGGUUGAUAAGAAGGAACGGCAACUGGUUAAGAAGCUUGUCAAGGAAACCACUAAAGGUUUUUCUGAGCUGAUAGUAACUGAUGGUGACAUGGUACACGAGGUUUGUCCUAAGGCUGAAUUCAACAAGGGGUUUGCAGUCAAGUAUAUACUCGAGCAGCUAGCCCGCAAAAACAAUUGGGACAGUUCUCAGGUGGUUGCUAUCUUCAUCGGUGAUGAUAAGACCGAUGAAGAUGCAUUCAAGGUGCUCCGUGGACGAGCUGGCGGACUGGGGAUCCUUGUCAGCAAGGAGCGCAAGUGGACCAAAGCGUCGUACUCGCUCGAAGACCCGGCUGAGGUAAAGUCAAAUGCAUUGCAUUUUACUCCACUCCGUCUAUAAAUAUAAGCCCUUUUAGAUAUUUCAAUACGAACUACAUACUGAAAUCUCUAAAGAGACUUAUAUUUAGGAACAGAGGGAAUAGUGUUGUUAGUUGUACCCAGUAAAAUAACUAGUAAUAUUUUAACUUUGAUUCGGGUGCAAAAGUUUCUUGAGAAGCUCGUGAGCUGGAAGAAGGCAGAGGCUGAAGUUUGAGUGUGCUUGCAACCUAUUUAAUAUUGUUCUGAUGAUGACAUUAGAUUUGUGGUGGUGAACAAGAUGAGAC